GCGGGUCCUGCAGGGGGUGGGGCGCGGAGGGCCCCAGCGAUAUAGAUUUUCCCUUCGGGCUGGCUGGAGUUCGGCGGUGGCGGUGGUGGUUGUGGUGACUGCGGCACCAGCCCCAGUGCGCCUGCAACCCCUGCCGCGGCAGCGCCACCCCCUCCACCCCCUACCCUCCUCCGCGCCGCCGCGCUGCCACCCCCCUUGCAGCCCGGCGCGACCCGGCACCGGGAGCCCAGUGGACGGGACGGAGCGCAUCGCCCAGCCACGCCGCGCCCCGCCGCGCCGCCCGGCCCGCACCGCGCGGAGCACCGCGGAGCCAGCGGACCAGCGGAGCGACCUGCUCCAGCAGCAACAUGCCGUCGGCAUGACCAGGCACCAGGCCAGGAGCGUCGCCCCGCCGCCGAGGCCCCGCCGCGCGCGCGGGUAGCCCCCGCGGGUAGCGCCGCCCCCCAGCGCCCCCGCCAGCCUGAGCAGGGGGCAGUCCGUUAUGAAGCUUUCCCACCGGCCGCCACAACCUGAACCUCAGCAGAAGCUCGGCCGCCGCCGUAUCGCAGCGCAGGGGCCAUGCUGCCUCGGUUCUCGCCGCGCCGCCACUUCCUGUGGCUGCUGCUGGCGUCGAGCCUCGUGCUGCUGGUGCUGCUGAACGUGCACCUGAAGCCGCGGUGGGGCGGCGGGCCGCUGGGGCCGGCGGGCGGGGCGGGGCUGGUGCGCGCGUCCGCCCCCGGCGCCGCCCCCGCCCAGGCGCCCGCCGCCCCCGGGCCCGCAGCCAGCCUCGCCGACAGCGAGGCCGCCUCCACGGCCGCCCACCCGACGCAGUACAUCUGGCCGCCGGACGGCCCGGGUGCUUCAGUCAAGCCGGUGCCGUUCCCUCCCCACCCGGAGCGCCUGCCCUGGUACAUGACGAACGGGAAGCGGCGGCCCCGGGCCGUGCAGAAGGACCCCAUCACCGGGCGGCGCAUCGCGCGCCUCUGGCCUGAGGAGGAGGUGGGCGGCGACCGUGUGCUGAACCAGCUCAUGUUCGUACCUCCGGAGGCCAAGACGGAGGACGCGUCCCCCAAGAAGCUCAAGAAGAUCCUGCUGUACAACGGCUGGUCGUCGUGGGGCGGGCUGACGGCGGGCCAGACCGUGUUCAAGCGCGAGAUGUGCCCCGUGGACACGUGCACGCUGACCGACCGGCAGGACGAGGCGGCCACCUCGGACGCCAUCCUGUACAAGGACUACUUCAGGCACCCCGGAGUGCCGAGGCCUCCGCGCCAGAUCUGGAUCCUGUACUUCCUGGAGUGCCCGUACCACACGCAGCACAUCAAGUACAACGACGUGUUCAACUGGACCGCCACCUACCGGCGGGACAGCGACCUCGUGGCGCCGUACGAGCGCUGGGCGUACUACGACCCGCGGCUCAAGCAGCGGCCCCUCGCCGAGAUGCCCAACUACGCCCUCAACAAGACCAGAAAGGUGGCGUGGUUCGUGUCCAACUGCGCAGCUCGCAACGGCCGUCUGCAGUACGCCAUGGAGCUCUCCAAAUACAUCCAGGUCGACAUCUACGGCGCCUGUGGCCAACUCAAGUGCCUCCGAAACGAGCCGGAAAAGUGCUUCGCCCUGCUGGACCAGCACUACAAGUUCUACCUCGCGUUCGAAAACUCCAACUGCAAGGACUACAUCACCGAGAAGUUUUUCGUCAACGGAUUAGGGCGCAACAUCAUCCCCAUUGCCAUGGGCGCGCAGCCCGAGGACUACGCGCGGUCGGCACCCGUCCGCUCCUACAUCCACGUCGACGACUUCGAGUCGCCCAAGGCCCUGGCGGCCUACCUGCACCGCCUGGAUCGCGACGACGACCUGUACAACAGCUACUUCCGGUGGAAGGGCACCGGCCAGUUCAUCAACACGCACUUUUUCUGCCGCCUGUGCGCGCUGCUGCACGACGACUUCCGACCAAAGUCGUACCGGGACGUGAACGCCUGGUGGCGAGGACCCGGCGUCUGCACGACGGGCUCGUGGCGGAAGCAGGGCAAGCACAAGUUCAGCCUGCCCAACGAUCUGGAGGCCGGCUAGGGCGGCACCGCGGCGCGACCGCUCAGCGCAGCUCAGCGGCUGGUGUGCUUCUGUGUCCCGGGAUGACAGUACUCCGGAUGUGCUCCGGCUGCCCUCCGACUGUACUCCGGACGGUUGUACUCCGGACGGUUGUACUCCGGACGGUUGUACUCCGGACGGUUGUACUCCGGACGGUUGUACUCCGGGUGUACUCCGCGUACUCAGUACUCCUGCUCCCCAUCGCCCCCUUCCGAGGGUGUCUCUCACGCAUCGCGUCGCGGAUGCAGAGGGGCGGGUGGCGUGGCGUCGCCGCACAACUUUGUGGACGUGCAAGUGUCAAAGUAGUUUUUAAAGUACAGCUUCCUUGAAACGCUUCCGAAACUAUGGACACUAUUGGUUUCGUAGGUUGACACUACACACACGUCUGUACACUCCCCCCUCGAACGCCCAGGCCCUGAGAAAUUCUCGCGUGGUUUGGGAUGUGUUGCAAUGUUGUAGAGUGAGACUUUGAUGGAGGAAAGUAGUCAGAGCAGUGUGUGUAUUCAGUGUGCCAACCUACGGACAAUGUUCCUGAUCAUUAUCAAAUAAAUGUAAUUUUAGCGUUGCUGUUCGAAAUAGAGGUUGUUGAGAAGCAAAUUUCUACAAUUGUGCCGAAAGACUGAGCGCGUGUAUGGAUUAUGGAGCACAAUUCAUGUGAUGAAAGCGACAAUGUGAUACUGAAACUUCAAAUAACCAUGAAAAGAGCGCAAGCAAAAUGUAUUUACAUAUAAGUGGGCACAAAAUAACUCAUUGAACGUGUUAGUUAAAUAUGUUUUAUAUAUUCAUGUUGCCACAUUGUUAUUUUAGCGGAUCAUGGUGCUAUGUGAAAAGUUUUAAAGUAAUUAACUAAUACUGUUAUUUUUGCCUUUCCAUCCCGGGCAGCGCCAAUUUGGCAGUCCGCAUAGAAAUGCGCCUAGGUUUACCAAAUUUUAACACAUUGAACAUGUGCUAUUUUUUCGGCGCAUUCUUAUGCGCAGUGCCGUAUUUAUUUAAUGCAUAUAUGUUACUGUGUAUUGGCGCUGCUAGGGUAAAGGUUUCCGUCGUACAACCUUAUUGUUUAUAAAUACUGGACAGUAUUAAAUCAAAUGUAUACAGGGUGCCCAACAGACUAUACCAUCUUUAUCGUUGUCGAACUGUCACAGUACCGCACUUUGCUGGCCUUGCAAGUAGUGUGUUUGUCUAUCGUCGCUCACCCAACACGGUGCCUGCCUGGUGUGGUCCGAGGCAAAGUAGGCGACUAAAAACCCCUGCUGCGCUAGGGUCGCGAGCUAGAGAGCCUCCUCUUCACAGGUAAAGGAGAGAGCAAAGUAUCUCGUGUAACUCUAUCCGCGCGUCUGUGCGGUUCGACAACAGAGGAGUCUGCUGGCGGCCACCAUGUGUGUACCUAAGCGCGGUCGCCGCGGCGGAAGCUCCCGCGAGCGUGAGCGGCGUGAGCAGGGUGAGGGACGCGGAGGCGAACCCUCCUCCCCACAAGGUGUACCCACAAUGAACGCCUCGCAAAGGCGACGCUAACGUUAGCGCCCGCGCUUCGCGCUGGGUAGGCCAGCCCGCCAAGCAGCUCUGUGAGGCGGUGGCCCUCCAAUUAGAGCACGCCAUUAGCGGCAGCAGCAGCGUCAGGCAAAGGAACGUUCAGCCCAGCUUUCACUGAAAAAUUCCAAAAUAUUGUGUAGUUUUCUGGAAAAAAAAAUAUGUUUGUAGACUGACGACAGCCGUUGCUUGUCAAUAAAUUCCAUGUCGAUACGCAAUGCUUGUAUUUUUUCAAAUUUAAAUUGUAAUUUACGACACACAUCACGGAAAAUCUUCCGGUAUAACCUGCAAUUUUUUUUCGCCGUGUUCUACUUUGUGUCACCUCAAGGAAAGUUCAUUGUGGGAGCAGCUACGCCUGCAGUAGCGUGCGCUGCGCCGAAUGUGUUUUGUUUUCUUUUUAAAUGAUUUUAUCGAGUAUAGCUAUUAUGUCGAGUUCUGUUGAUUAGUUGAUCGAUGAACAUCAGAUCGCAAAAGGGACAGACCACGGUGAUGGUAAAAAGCAUCGUGGACUAAUUUAUUCUGGUCUAGUCUCGCAUGGUACCUCCGGCUUUCGUAAUUGCAAGUUCUUAGUCGCAGGAUGUAGUUCCUGGCUUUACUUCUGAUAAGAAAGUCCCAGAUAUGAGUUUUAAUCAAGUGUGUUAUUUUUGCUAAGGCUCUGUUAAGUUAGGGAAUCCACAUUACGGUUGACAGAGAUUUCUGUAAUAAUUCAUUUCUGUGAUUUCAUAAAGUAUUUAUGAGAUCCCCAGUAGCGCCCAGUACAUAAAACGAACGGUAUUAUUAUUUUCAGUUAUUUAUUGAUAGAUUAUAUGCCAUGUUUUUCGUUGAUUUGUGAGUGUUUUUUUUCCUUUUUAAAAACUUGAACAUUGUUUCCAUAUGGUGUUUUGUUAGUGACCACUCCUCUGCAGUUUGAAAUAAAUCGAUUAGGCUUCAGAAAUUAUUUUAUCUUCAGGGAGUUCGGUAAAGGAGCUAUGUUCCUAGUUUUCUUAAGUGCAGAACGAAAAUGCCAGUAUCAGUUUCUUCCACCUUGCUCUUUUACAACAAAGGGGUUGGUAUUAGGCCUGCUGCUCAUCGGCGACUAUUGGUUAGUGCUGGCAAAAGAUUUAAAGAAGUAAUGAAAACAUUUUUUUGUGUGCGUUGAUUCGUAUUAAAUACGUUUGCGUUUGUGCUGUCCAGGAUUGCACGUCAACAGAGGACUACUAACUUCGAUGUCGAGCGUAUGGGAAAAUAACAAUUAUAUCAUGCAAAUGCAUCAACUCAUAAGUUCAAUGAAAAUCUUGAAAAUCUUCCACAGAAUUCAAUUCUAUCAGCAAGCACAUCACUGCCACAUAAGCUCCAGAAAUAGCAAUUAAUUACUGUUCAUUCUCCGAUAGGAAAAUUAGUAGAUAAUGUCUUAUUUUAGUGAAACAAGAUAAAACUAUUUUUUAGUUAACAGGUACGCAUUGAUGGUUGUGAUAUAUCAACUUCAACUUAGACCUUAAAUUUUAUAUUUCAAGGUAACUGCACAAACCCGAGUAACGUCAACCCCAGCCAGAAAUGGCAUGUCGUAACGCCGUCAUUUCGACGUCGUUGGUCGUACCAGAGGUCCAAAAAUACGUCGAAACGAUGAAUUUUUCGACAAGUCGAUGUCGAUUCGACGGAAUAUCGAUACGACGUUUCUGGCUGGGACGCAUCAAGAGCAUGGACUUGGACAUGCGCAGUAAGAAACAUUUUUCUACAUGUUUUAUGCACUGUUUUAUGAAAACAUACACGUUUGGUCGUGCUAUCAGUGCAUCAAAUUCACCGGGUAUGCGCUACUUAAAGUAAGCUUUAGGGAUCACCCAGAAAGUAAGUCUGUCAUUCGUCGUUACGCACCUGCCAAGUUCAGACGAUGUUAGCUCGCAUAGCGCCUGAUGGUUAUGCAAUAUAUUGCAUGCACUGCAUGCGUGUGCGGCGGGGUGGCCUACCCAGAGUCUCACAGGCGCCGGGCUCCCCUGCCGAAUGAUUCUGAGAACGAAUGAACAUACUUUCUGGUCUGUCCCUUAGCGCCGCCCAGCUUUCGGUUGGUGGGAUGAUACUUAAACUUUUUUAUCUGGAAAUGAUGAUAGAUAAAUGCAAUUAUGACUGCUGUUUUGUUUAUUUGUUAACGUUACAUACUGUGCACAUAGCUUACAACGGAAAAUAUACAGAUUUGAUUUGCA